AUGGUAUCGACUGCACUUCUUAUCCUCGCUCCAGUCCUCAUUGGGGUUAUCAUCUUUGGCACAACUAUACUUCUCUCCUCCAGCAAAAAACCCAACGUCAACGACACCGACCUUGGCAACAUCACCACCACUGCUCAGCUCAUCGCAACUGUCCUCAUACCAGACAAGGUCGCAACAACCGUUUCACUUGUCUUCACCACCUCUCCUGUAAUUGUCACCUUACCACCAAUAGUUCAUCCAGUGACUACCACGGAUACUGAUCCGCCUGCUACGACAACCAAAGAUCUAACGCAGAAACCAGUCAAAGAAGGCGCCCCUCCAUCUCCAUCGCCCUCCAAAGCAAAGUCAGAGACCACCACCACCGAGAAGGCAGCAGUUGUCACCACUCUGUCCUUAAAGCCUACUCCAAGCACAACUACCACGAUCGAGAGCCCGACUCCAACCAAGUCUGGCAUCACCGUCUUUCCUGGCAUCACUAUACCGAACCCACUCGAUCUGUUCAAGCCUGCAGAGCCUGUAGAGCCGCCAGAGUCGACCACUACCACUACUACUGCCGCUGUCGUUUCUCCGACUACCACAACUACCGCAAAGGAAGUUCCCACGACGACAACGACUAUGGCAAAGGAGCUCCCAACGGCGACAAAUGCAACAACAAUCACGACAACGGCAGCAAACCCAACUCCAACCAGAUCAGAAAUCACUAUAUUCCCUGGCAUUACUAUCCCAAACCCAGUCGACCUCUUCAAGCCUGCAGAUCCACCGAAGCCAAUCAAUACUACUGCUGAAAUUGAUGCGAUUACAACAACUGUCGCAAAAGAGAUCACCAAGCCUACCACCACUACAACAACAACGACGGCAACAAGGGCGACCACUUCUACUACCACGACAACAACAAGACUAACCCUCACCAAAUCAGGAAUCACCAUCUUCCCUGGAAUCAACCUUCCUAACCCGUUCGACCUGUUCAAGCCCGCAGAGCCUCCAAAGUCAACCAACACGGCCGUUGCAGCCGCUGCUACAACUACAACAACUGUCGCCAAGGACGUCCCGGGGCCAACACCAACAGUGACCACCACAACGGCAGUAGCCGCAGCUAUAGCAGCAAGUCCAUCACCUACCAAAAGGCCAGGAUUCACUCUCUUCCUAGGAACCACCCUUCCGGACCCAUUAGACUUGUUCCCUCAUGGCCAUCCCGGCGGCGAAACGGGGUCUCUAUCACAUCGACUUCAUCCUACCAAGGUCGAUGAUAUUACCAAGGGGAAGGAACAUGUGGAAAUUGAAGACUAUGACGAUAUUGAGGACGUGCGGGAUGGACAGAGCCAGGACAAGGCAGAUGCCGACGAGGAGUGGGAGGACGAGGACAAUCCGUUCCACCUGCUUCAUCUCAAGACGCACAGGAACCAGACAAAGUCGUUCGAGGAAUAUCUCAAUCUGAUCGUCAACAAACUCAUCCAGAGCGACGAAAUGGAACCUUAUCAAGAUCUCCUCUUUGAAAGCAUAGCCGUCUCCAAGCUCGAGAUCCCGGAAAACAACGAUGACGACUCAACCCUCGACUUUGACACCGACGACCAAGUCGACACCCUCUACUCCUUCCGCACAUCACAUCCCCCCUCUUCUGACAACAACCCGGUCUUCCAAGGUCCCCGAGCAGUCUCCCGUGUCUCAAUCUUCACAUCAAUCCUCAACACAUUUCUCCCACCCUUCAUCCUCCGCUUUCGAGCCGACCUACGUAACUUCCUCUUUUGGAUCUGCUCACCCAACUCCUCUGUCCAUAUUGAUGGCAAAGACGCCAGCGGCGACGGCACAUGGGCCAGAAAAGUCACCCAGGACGAUAUCGACAAGUUGAUCCACCCCGAUGGGUCCAUCGACCUCAAGUCGAUCUGGGAUCCGAGUGUCGGACCCCUUGCUCUGGAAUGCAUCAAGAGUCAUGCCCAGGUGUUUUGGAAUGAGGUGUCCAGGCUAGUGGGGACUCGGUUCACACAGAUCAAGGAAGUUUUUAUUGAUCAGCUUAGAGGACUCAGCGGUUGGCCACAGUUCUCCAGCUCUUCUGUUCCUGCCGAAAAUGCCAUGAUCGAUUUGCCAGACCAGCAGCGGGAGGAAAAGGAGCAACAACAACAAGAGGAGCAAGUAACAAAGGCAAAAGAACAGGAUACGGACACUAUUGCAGAUCUGGAUAUCGCAGGCGAAUAUACCCAAAUGGAAGAACCAGAGUUUUCCUCCUUUUCUGCUCCCGCCAUCACAGUCGCUCAAGAAAAGACGAGCUCAUCCCCGAUCCACCCAAACCAGCAUCGAAAACAAGGAAAGCCCUCGCCCGCCUCUGACCAAGCCCUAAACCUGAGGGCAAACCAAAGAAUAGAGGCGACUUCUGACAAGGCUGAUGGGUUUGUGAAAUGGUUUGUUGACACUGUGGUGAACGAGUUGCAAGACGGUUACUUCGCAGACGCCAAGGCUCCUGCUGUCUCCAGAGUCGAAACUCAGCCAAGUGGUAGUGAGGAUGAUGGUUCACGCGAGGCGGGUGAACGGAUCUGUGCCUGGAUGAAGGAACGAGUUGAAAACGUCCUUCAGUAG